GCCAAUCAGAGGCAGAGUGGGGCGGGUCAUGACUUCACCACCCUGGAAAGAAAAUGAGCAAACCGUCCGGACUGUAGUCGCUCGCACCCGGAGAACAGCGGCUGACAGCGCUCUCUUCGAAGAAAGGAGCACAGACGUCGUGUGUACUGUGGAGUAUUAUGCCAGGUGUUGGUCCAUGGGUGUGAGCCGACUGGAUGUAUUUUACAGAAGGCUGCUCCUCACCAAACUCUUCAUUGGGGGAUGGGGGAAGCCUGAAGAUCUCAAGAGAAUCUUUGAGUUCCGUAAGAUUAUUGGUGACAGAGAGAAGUGCAAGUAUCUGGUGCCCGAGGACUAUCCGGUCUACAUAAACAAGACAGAGGAGCACGCCGACUGUCAGAUCCACGAUGGGUUCUUCAUCUCUCCUCUGGAGCACUUGGUUCCGGGAAUCCUGCCACCAGAGGCCGUCAAAGCCAGGUUCCAGUUUAUAGUUCCUAAGAGAUGGAAGAAGAACAGACCAGUAUGUAUCCACCUGGCUGGGACUGGAGACCAUUUUUUCUGGCGCCGCCGGACCCUGAUGGCCAGGCCCAUGAUUAAAGAAGCAGGAAUGGCCUCUCUUCUUCUGGAGAACCCUUAUUAUGGCUAUCGUAAACCCAAAGACCAACUGCGUUCCAGUCUGAAGAAUGUGUCAGACCUGUUUGUGAUGGGAGGGGCUUUGAUUCUGGAGUCGACGGUCCUCCUUCGUUGGCUGGAGAGAGAAGGCUACUGGCCACUAGGAAUGACUGGCAUCUCCAUGGGAGGAUAUAUGGCAUCCCUGGCAGUAACUAACUGGCCAAAGCCGAUCCCACUGAUUCCCUGUCUGUCCUGGUCCACUGCCUCCAGUGUCUUCACCACGGGAGUGCUGAGUAAAGCAGUGAACUGGACAGAGCUGGAGAAGCAGUAUGCCAUUAACUCGGUGUAUGAAGAGGAAAUCAUGAAGCUCUUGGGGUACUGCGGGGCCGAUUCCUUUAAGAUGGGCCCAGAACUAGUGAGGAAUGCAGACUCUUUAGAGCAUCUGCUCUGCCUGUCUGGAGAUGACAGGGAGUCAGUGGGCCCAAAGUGCAGAACAGGAGGGGAAGCAGAGGCUGGAGACGGAGUACACCAGUUCUUAUCUGCAGUGAACGGCAGAGGGACAAGCUUGGACACUCUACCGAGAAGACCUCAGACAAACAACACUAUGGAUUCAGCCAAAUGCUGUCGGCCAUCGUUGCAUAGAGAGUCUAUAAGCUUUAUGAAAGGAGUGAUGGAUGAAUGCACACACAUGGCCAACUUCUCUGUUCCUGUAGACACCAGUCUUAUCAUCGUGGUCCAGGCCAAGGAGGAUGCCUACAUCCCUCGUACAGGAGUCCUCAGUCUGCAGGAGAUAUGGCCGGGAUGUGAAGUCAGAUAUUUGAAUGGAGGACACAUAAGUGCAUACCUGUUUAAACAGAACAUCUUCAGACAGGCCAUAUAUGAUGGAUUCAACAGAUUUUGCUUGAAGUACCCCAACUUGCACUAGUACGUGGCAGACUGAAGCCCUCUCCUCUCUGUAACAGCACCAGGAUCUGUGGCGGCACAUUUGCAAAAGCGAUGCCUGUCCACCGACCAGAAGCCUCUGUGAGCUCUUCUACUGGGACAUGAGGAGUCUGAGUUUUACAGCUGAGGACAGUCACUUUCUAAUUCUUUAUUUUUCCUACUUCCACAAAGGGAACCCUGUUGCACUCAAGAAAUAUAAGUGACUGAAUAUUGUGGGAUGUUCAGUCUUUGUUGUCAAAGGAACACAUUAGUGUCUUGUUUCACUUUUGGAAACUGGUAUUAACAGACUAAAUUGUGGGGCAGUGUGUGUUCUCACGUGUUCACUGACCAUCCAAGUGUGGCGGUGUUAUGUUGGGACACACAAACCUUUUCCUGUCAUACUAUAUUGAUACCAUAUGAGAAAAAUGUCAGCUCAGUGUUGUAUACCUACUACAAAAUGCUGAUAUGAUUCAUGACAUCAAGAAAGCAUGUGGUAUAAGUGACAAAGAAAUGACCUGCAUUCACAUGGUGGAUUCACAGGAAACAAUGCAUGUCAUUUGAUGUCAUUUAUAUCAGCCUCACUGUCAUGACUGUAAUUGUAUCACAGGUCUGUUAAGUCACUGCUCACGGUAUCAUAUUUCCAGACUCCACAUUAAAAGCUCUCUUUCUACCAACUACUGAUAAAAAAUAAUAUCUUUUCCUCGAGCAGCUAGAUGUUCCAUUGUUUUCAGCAGCUAGUCUUGGGUAGUUGCUUUGUUUAUGUGCUGAUGGGCCGUGAGCAGGUAGAGCACUUUUCUGCAGCUUUAACCCUUAAAUGCAUACCUGUGGUCUUUAGCAGCCAAGGACUCAACACUGUGUUAAUUUCUUGUACUUCUUCUUUUAACAACAUUCUGGUCUCAAAAUAUCAAAAGUGAAAAAGGGCCUGUUUUUCUAAUGUCUCGCAAGAGAUCUGGGGUGUGUAAGAGUUCUAGUUUUUAUUCAGGGCUCUAUGCAAGUGAUGCGUUUUCCUGCCUGGCCUUGAGCCCAGGCAACAUGAGUGGCUGUAAUUACUGUACUAUACAUGCAAUACUUGCUCUGAAUAGGGUUACUAUCAGUGAUCAGCAGGUUAUGUUAAAUUUUCCCCACCUAGCCUUGAGACGCCAACCGGGCUUUACUCAGUGUUUUUCUUUAAUUUGUGUGUGUGUGUGUGUGUUUCUCUUUCACCUACAAUCACCCCUCACUUAACUGUGCCAUCUUGUUGUUUGAUAUUCUGUAUAUAAUGUUGUUUAGGUAAUGUUGCCACUGAUACAGCAAACAGUCUCUGUUCUGACCAUGCUGUUUGUAGUCCUCCAGCAAAUUCAUGCUGUUUUUAAAAUCUAAACAUUUAUACAGUUUUUGGAACUAGGCAUUGAAUGAUUAUAUUCCUGUUUUGAUUUUAAAACCUUUUGUUUGUAUGACCUAAAAAAGUGUUUUAAUGUUAUGUGGUGCCUGCAUUUCUAUGGGUUUUAAAUAGCCUUAAGCACACCAAUAAAGUGAUGCUACAGAUCCAGAAAACACUGCUGUGCAAAAUGUGUCAUUUGGAAAACUACAGUUUAAAGGUAACUUUAGUGAAAGUAUUUUUCCCAUGUGCAAAGCCAAACUGCCACUGUAUUACUCCUGCUAACAAGCAUUGUGUGUGUAUCCAAAGCCUGAUAUAUCUUAUUCCUCCGUGCCAUAGAGCUCUGUUGUUGUCCAAAACUAUUAAAACACAACAAUAAGCCACA